AUGGCAAGACAAAAAGAUUGCCGGAGUUCUAGUAAAAAGCAAAGUUUGGGGAAUAGAGCGUCGCUCCCCGGGUGGGACGUACGGAGCAGGUUCAAUCUGGAAGAUACGACAACAAAUUGUGGACGCAACAUCAGUUAUGAUUCAGAAACAUCGGGUCUUUACAUUGAGGAGGAGGAAAUUGGGAACGCUUCGGCAUCACAAGGUAGUACGGAAUGUGAAGUCUCCCUCACAUCAUCAAUUGAUAUCAGUUCUGCAGCCGCACUAGCGACAGCGGUGCUUCGCUCUCAAAAAGCUCGAGUACCAUCUUGGAGCGACUCUAGUGGUUCAACAUACGUAUCGAGGGAACUUCAAAUAUCUCCACAGCAUUCCUUUAAAGAAUCAUUGAGAAGCAAAUCCGAUGAUUGGUCGGUGAGCGAUUCCAACAACCUUGAUUUCAUUUUGCAGUCUCCCGAUAUGAAAGACAACGAAAGAGAAAGGAAAGACAGGAUGACAAAAAAGCUAGAGGGCAUUCCGUACUAUCCGUCUAUAGAAGAAGCACUUAGUAAUACGGAUUUAUCGGCAAUAGAAUCGUUGCAAAAGGAAACAGCUCAGUCGAUUUUCUGCAAAAGAUUGGUUCCGCUACUCAUUCCGAAAAAGUCAAGAGAUGAAGAUAUUUCAGCAGUUUCGAUUGCCGAGGAUCCACCGGAGAGUGUAUUCGAUACGAGAUUUAAUAGGCAGGAGAGACCAAUUGAACGCUUGGAAAAUGUCAACUACCUACCGUCUAUUAAGGUUGCUUCCAACAAUGAAGACAUUUCGACGGUAGCUUACCGAGUACCAUAUAAAAUUGCUGAUCAAGCAUUUGGUCGUCCGAAAAUGAAUGCCGCCAACAAAUCGAUGGGGCUACCGAGGCUGAUCGUAUAUGCAAAGUCCGAUUCGACAUUAUCUUCUCUUGAGAGCAACAGUGAUCUAGAGAGCGACGAUGAAAGCUAUGGUGAUGGGCACAGUAACGAAGCUACGCGGCAGGCAAAAGCAACAAACACGAACACGAAAUCAAAAUGUACACAACGUACUGAGCGUGUCAGGGACCUUGAAGAAGAACUGAGUGCCAAAGGUAGCGACGUAUCAUCAUCAGAUGCAAGGAUCAGAGAGCUAAAGAAGAAAAUUCAAAAGUUGAAAAGCGGUUCAAAGCUAGAAAGGGAAAGGCCAACGCAGCGUCGCGAGGGGGAAAUUUCACAUCGAGCAGAGGGGUUGCUACUAAGUCGAACAGAGCGGUUGCCAAUACAGGGAAGAGAGCAGCGGGCCUCAGUCCCAUAUGAUGUGGAUGAUUCCAUCAGCAAGAAGAUACACGAGUUGACGCGAGUAGCAAAGGAUCAAAGAAGAAGGCGUGGUGGAAAUUUUGUCGAUGAUCCGACCGGAGGUUUAGCGCACGGUCAUCGACGUUUAAAAUAUUUCGACAAUGGGCAAAACCGUAUUGACUUCACAUCCCAAGAGGUCAGAAUAUCGGAAAAUAACCACAGUUUAGCAUUUGGGCAAGCGGAAUUUCCGGUCGUAAUACAUCAAACCAGGCAAGACGAAGUCUCAGCAAUGCACGGCCAUUCUGAUACCUGUCAGGUAUCCGAUAUCGAAACCGCAUUGCGGAGUGCACUGGAAAGAAAAAGAAAAAAGGCUGCUACGAAGAGCAGAGAAGCUAGGGAAAAGUUUGAACUGGCAAUGAUUAACUGUCUCUCAAGGGGCAAGGAAUUUAUUUCGAGUGCGAUGAAAGAAUCUGCAAAAAAUGAGCCGCAGCCUUCUUCGCAGCAGACUUGGCAAUCUUGCAUGGAAGGGAGAAGUACAGGCGAGAAGCUUCUUAUCGUUUCCGUUUCCAUCGCUCUCGUCGUGCUCUUCAUUCUAUUGAUUGUUGUUUUGGCUGGCAGAUAG